AUGAUUGAUGGUCAAGAAUAUGGUGCUCAAGACCAAAGGAACGGAUCAACAUUUUGCGGUGGUCGAUUGAAUGUGACUUAUUGUUUCAACCGAGGCGAUCCUAGAAAGAAUCAGCACUUCGGUCUCAUAUUAUACGAAGAGACGUUUCUUAGGUUUCAUAAUUAUAUAGCUGGAUUGUUACUCAAGGAGAAUCCAGAUUGGUCAGAUGAAAUACUAUACCAGGAAGCUCGAAGGUUCAUAAUCGCAGUUCUAGAGAUUGUAGUUUACCGAGAUUACUUGCCGGUUUUACUUGGUAGUGAUUAUUGUGAAAGUGUUGGGUUGAGUCUUACUAAAGAUACUAAAACUGUGUAUGAUCCAUCAAUUAUGCCUCAAUUGGCCGUUGAAUUUCCAGGAGGUUGUUUUCGAGUUCCACACAACGUUGUGCCUUCGAUAUAUUAUUUUGUAGACGAGAAUAAUGAAAUCGUAGAUCAAUUCAAGCUGAACGAGUACAUGGCAAUUCCUGAUCCGUUGAUCGGUGGUUCUAAGCUUGAAGAGUUACUCAGAGGUAUGACAUUUCUGCCAGGUCGUUGUCCUUUAGCAUCGUACAAUUUAUUGAUAUCAAGUCGUAUGUUUCAUAAUUGGGUAAGUACUGUUGCAGACACAGACUUACUUAGUAUAGACAUUCAAAGAGGUCGUGAUAUUGGUUUGCCUCCAUACAUCAAAGUCAGAGAAAUUUGUGGUUUUCCAAAAAUUAUAUCAUUUAGUGAUCUAGCUGGCGUAUUAGAUCCUUUUGAUAUUUUGUUACUGCAAAAGUUAUAUGAUAGUGUUGAAGAUAUAGAUUUGCUAGCAGGAGCUUUGCUUGAACCAAAUGUCGAUGGUGGAAUGGUCGGUGAAACUGCAAGGUGUAUAAUCGCUGAUGGAUUUUAUCGUAUUCGAUUUGGUGAUCGUUUCUUUUGCGAUGUAGAAAAUCAACCAGGAAGUUUUACUAAAGAACAAUUUGAUGUCUUAUGGAGUCUCGAUCUUACUCAAUUAUUUUGUUUAACGACAAAUAUUGAUAAAUUACCACGUGAUAUUUUCACACCAAAUGGGCUUUCGGGAACGUACAGUUGUGAAUCAAUACAAUUGGACCUCUCAGCAUGGAAAGAUAAAUAA